AUGCCGCUGGAGAAAAUCUACGUCACCCGCCACGGGUUCCGCUCCAAUUGGCUUGUCGACCCUGCCACGGGGGCCUAUCAUGCAUACCUGCCGUCACCAACAGGCAUCCCCGCCGACCCAACACUCACCUCCCAUGGCGUCAAGCAGUCACGAGAGUUGGCGAAACACCUCAUGACUCUCGAUCCGCCCAUUGACGCAGUGUAUUCAAGCCCCUUCUAUCGCUGUCUGGAGACGUUGAAACCAUUUGUCGACCUGGCCGCUGACGAGGCACGCCGCUAUGCUGAGUCGGAGCGCCAGGCCGAGCAUCCCACACAGACCCCAGGUGAGUCCCAUCCAGGGGAGCACCUUUCGGUACGCCAGGAGGACAUCCGACCCCUGUCUUGGCCUGGCGCCAACGUGGCCGCGAAGAUUCGUCCCGAGCAUGGCAUUCAGGAGUGGUUUGGCUCCGCUCCCUUCGACCAUCCUCGGCCAGCCACAACAGCUGUUCUGAAGUCGCUCUUUCCCGCCAUUGACGAGACAUACCAGUCCACAGUGGUGCCCUCGUCGAGGGGCGAGACGUUGGCCGAGCUGCAGCUUCGCGUCGCCGUGGCGCUCAAAGCCAUCAUCGAUAGCUGUGAUGCCGACGGGACCCGCGCCGUUUUGCUGUGCACCCAUGCUGCCGUGGUCAUCGUUUUGGGUCGUAUCUUGACCGGUCAGGCGCCGGUCAACGUCGAAGAUGAGGACUUCUACGCCUACACCUGUGGGCUGAGCGUCUAUAGCCGUCAGCCCGCUCUUGCGCGCGGUCUCGGCGACUCGUGCAGAUCGCCCGCGUCAUCAUCCUCGUCUUGGGCGGUUCCGGUAGCGGAGACCGAAUCGGCGGGUCUCAUCGGGGGGUGGAACUGCGAACUCAACAGCGACUGCAGUUUCUUGAGCGGCGGUGCCGAAAGAGGAUGGAAAUUCGCUGGGGACGAAUCAUUUCCGGGCACGGGGUCCCUGUCCCAAGGCGAGCCCAAACUAUGA